AUGCUGCCGCUGCGGACCGCUUCGCAGGCCUUCGCAGUGGCUGCGGGAUCAACUCUAGACCGGCCCAUGCUUACCAGCAAGGCCGAGAAAAGUGCUAGGAUAGUCACAUAAAAAUUGUUGUUGUUGUUGUUGUUGUUGUUGUUGUUUUUCUUCACAUUAAACUCGUGUCAGUUGCUAAUCCCGAAAUCUAGCAAAGACUCGGCCCGUGGUCACAAAAAUGCUGGAGCCAUCAGAAGAUCUAAAGAACACACACUAUUAGCAAGAAAAGGGUACGCAAGCCCGAGGAGGUACACCUGCAAUCCCUGCAGCACGUUUGCAUGCUCACAACUGAACUACACGCCCACACACUACAAAUCGACUACAGCAGCAGCAUCACCCCCCUUGUCCCGCAUUUAACCAAAUGAAUGUUUGUCGACUACAGCGUACUGCUGUCUGAAGUGCUGUCUGUACAACAAUAACACCAUGGUGCAUGGUACACAAGCUCGGGGCAUGCAGCUGCUGUCUGAAGUGCUGUCAGAAUGAGUCCGUGGACAUACAAUGAAGAAGAACACCCAACCACAGCCAUCAUUGCAAUUGACAAUCACCCGAAUCUAUCCAGAUCAUCUGUGUUAGGCACAGCAGUGUAAACAUCGACACUGACUAGGAAUCGUUCCACAUUGAAGGGGUCUUCCACGAUGCAGGUACACAAUUAAGGCACCCGGGUUAUCCGCGCCAUCUCUGCCGCGUCUCUCUACAAAACCAGUCACGUCAUCACACACACCCAACACCUUUAGACUAUUCAGGAUAAAAACAGAAAAUAUUUGAGAACACAAGAAGAGAUGUUUUUCCGUGCGCCACAGCAGUUCGAUGCCGUCCGCAUGCUCCGGUUCCGCUGCUCCGGUGCCGCUGCUACGGUACCGCUGCUCCGGUGCCGCUGUGGCCAGUCCUAGCACGACCAAACUCGACCCGCUCCGCUUCGUACACGCUCUCGUUGCUGUCCAUCCCAGUCGGUUGCUC